AUGACAAUUUUUAUCCCUCUCUCUCUCUCUCUCUCUCUCUCUCUCUCUCUCUCUCUCUCUCUCUCUCUUCUUCCAAAAUAUCGUAUGCGUUCAGUCAAUUUUCAGCACAUUUUUCGGUUCGUUUUUCUUUCACUCCUUCUAUACUAUUCUUUCUUUCUUUCUCUUUUUCUUCCUUCUUUUUUCCUUUCUUUCUUUUUUCUUUCUUUCUUUCUUUCGUUUUUUCUUUCUUUCUUUCUUUUGCUCUAUUCUUUGCCUUUUUUCUUCUUUCUCUUUCUUAUUUUAUUCCUGUUUUAUUCUUUCUUUCGUUUUUCUUUCUUCCUUUUUUUAUUUUCUAUCUUUCUUUCUUUCUUUUGCUUUAUUCUUUUCCUUUUCUCUUCUUUCUCUUUCUUAUUUUAUUCUUUUCUAUUUUUCUUUCUAUACGUCACAGUUCUGUUUUAUUAUUUCUUUCUUUCUUUCUUUCUUUCUUUCUACUUUUUCAUUCAUCCAUUCAUUCUUUUUCUUUCUUUCUUUCUUUCUUUCUUUCUUUCUUUUGGCUUAUUCCUAAUUAUUCUUUCUUUCGAUCUUUCGCUUUCUUCAUUCAUUUCCAUCAACUUCUUUCUUUCCAUUAAUUCGUCCGUCUGUUUCUUUCCCCCCCCCCCAACUUUUUGUCGCUUCCUUCAACCUUUUCGACAGAUUUCACUGACUUUCAUCAUAUUUCAUCUUCUUUUCACUGGCUAUCCAGCUUUCUUCUUCCCAAAAUCUCUUAGUCCUCCAUUUCUUACUUGGCCGUCUUACCCUUCCAGUCAAGCAUACCAUAAGCCCCGAUCGAAGACGUGGGUCGGGUUGCCGGGAGGGACAAGGAGAUUUAACGAUAACCGGAAGUUGAGUGGCUGA